GCCCUUUUGAAGAGUCCCUCCACACCAGUUCUACUAAUAUGCGUGUAACUACCCAGCGAGCUGCCCGUGCUGCAAGCCAGCUCACUUGCAUACGCAACAACCAACGCCCAUUCGCCGAGCUGCCAUGUAGAUGCAGCCCUGCCGGUCGCAUUCACGACCACAUAUGCACACCAUCUUCGAGGCCUCUGGCCGUUUGGCCAGCCCGCAUGAGAGUCAGAUGACGGGGUCGCCGCCUUGCCUUGUCUGCCUUGUCGAGGGUUUGUACUACCUCGAUGCCUCAAGGGGGGAGGGAGGGAGCAGGCUCGCCCAUAAGUCUCGGGGGUGGUCUCCUUCAGCCCUGUCAGCGGCUGCUCAUACACACUGUCUCACUUUUUCCCAUUCUUUCUUCAUCGUCGCAAGUGGGAGAUUCGAAACAAAAUGGCCGUGGUUCCCGCUCCUGUCGUCUUGCGAAUCCGCGGUACGUCGGAUGGCCUGACAGAUCGCGACGCCGCCGCGAUUGCUGGCUCUGUCGUCGGCAGUAUCAUUGCCAUCCUCCUCAUGAUAUUCUGCUGCAUCAAGUGGACGCGCUACCAGAGCGAGAUACGCAGGGUCAAUCGAAGACGGCACCGCUCCUCGUCCGCAUUCACCUCUUCUUCUUCUUCUUCGUCGUCGUCAACGUCCAGUGAGGACCGCGAACGGCCCAUCCGCGGCGUGCCUGUGCGACCGCCACCGCGGGCUGCAAGACCUCCGCCCGUGCGUGUGAGCCAGAGUGUCAGGGAGAGCGUGAGGGUUUCGGAGAGGAUACCGGGGGGACCGCGGUACCCGACGUACAAGGCGAUUCCGAUUCCGAAUCCGAGAAACAAUCCAAAGGUGAAGCAUAAGGCUUGAGAGGGGAUGCGGAGAGCUGGACUUUUUGUUAUGUGGAACGAAUAAUGAUUACGAUAUAUACGGGGCAAUUGGAGGGAUAUGUCCGUUGUUGUAUACGAAGGCUUGGGAGCAUUGAAGUGGUCGCAACACUUCGGGAUAUUAGUGCUAUACGAAAGGACGAUCAGCGGAAGGUCCUUGAGAUGUUUUGGAAAGAUCAAGCAGUCUAAUGAUGGAAACACAAGGGGCUCAGGUUGAUUUACAUAUGGAGGUCUCACAAGGACUGUAUCUCACA